CCGCGGCGCCGUCCCUAGGAGAGGCCGGGAGGAUUGUGGCUGGUUGCUGCAUUCUCAGACGGUCGUCAGUAAUACGGCAGUGCGGCCAUGGCAGAACCGCAGCCCGUGUCCAGCGGCCUUACCGACGAGGCUGCCCUCGGUUGCUGCUCCGACCCGGACCCCAGCACCAAGGAUUUUCUGUUUCAGCAGACCAUGCUACGAGUUAAAGAUCCUAAAAAGUCACUGGAUUUUUAUACUAGAAUUCUUGGAAUGACGCUACUCCAAAAAUCAGAUUUUCCCACUAUGAAAUUUUCAAUCUAUUUCUUGGCUUAUGAGGAAAAAAAUGACAUCCCAAAAGAUAAAAAUGAAAAAGUAGCAUGGGUGUUCUCCAGGAAAGCUACACUUGAACUGACACACAACUGGGGCACCGAAGAUGAUGAGACCCAGAGUUACCACAGUGGCAACUCAGACCCUCGAGGAUUUGGUCACAUUGGAAUUGCUGUUCCUGAUGUACAUGGUGCUUGUAAAAGAUUUGAAGAACUGGGAGUUAAAUUUGUGAAGAAACCUGAUGAUGGUAAAAUGAAAGGCCUGGCAUUUAUUCAAGAUCCUGAUGGCUACUGGAUUGAAAUUUUGAAUCCUAACAAAAUGACAACCAUUAUUUAGUUCUGUGAGAAUACUGCUUUGCGAUUUCAGUGAAGACCUUGUGGGAGGUAAAAAGGAAAUAGUGUUAAUCAAGAUAUUCAGAUAAUAGAAACAUCUAGGACUGAAGGAUCGUUGUCCCAAUUCAAAUUGUUCUGAAGUCCAUUCCCCUUUUCUAUUUCAGCUAUGUGUUUCACCUAACUGUUCAUUCUGGUUUUAAAGUAGUGCUUUGUCUUGUGUCCUUGAAUGUAGUUAUAUAACUUUACUUUUUUAGAUAAUAAUUAGAACAGUUCCCUUCAGAGGCUGCAUUUGGCUUCUGUUACCUAAAUAUGAAUAUGACUUCUCUACAAGUCUGCCUUUGAAUCCUCAUUCUCAA